AUGCGGGACCCGAUGUUGGCGGUGCUGGUGCUGGGCUUCCUCAGAACAAUUAUUGAUAGCACAGGUACUCAUAUCUACCAACAAUCCCAAGACAAGAUUACGCAGUAUAUUUAUCAUUUCAUUUUUAUUUUAGUCGCCCAGAAAGUAAAUCAAGAUGCCUUAGAUGGGAAUAAUGAGGAUGAAUGGAUUCUUGGCCAGAUCAUGACAGCCAUAAUACCGCUUCAAACCUUAGUUCAACUUGCCAUGGCUCUGCACGGUAUUCCUAUACUCCAGUUCAAUUCUUCUAUCGCUUUAUCGACCCGCUAA